GCGACACGCACAGCUGGGCCGCCAUGGUCACUGGUUUUCGGUGGGAGUGGGAGUUGAGGUGAAGGGGGGACACAAGGGGUGGAUAGCAAAAAAAAAACAACGAAACCACUUUCAGCUCAGCUCCUGCACUGGCUGGCCCCUGGCCAACUCAACUCGGAGUGGGUUGGCUCCUCUUCCUCCAUCUCCCCUCCCUUCUUUCCCAAACUCAGAUACGCACACACGAGCCAUCUACGCGCGAGCAAAGAGAAAGACGAAUGAGAAAAAGGGAAAUUUUGGGAUAAACUGUGUUUGUUGAAGAAAGGGCUUCUCGUCGCAGGAUAUUCUUUUUCAGAUGGUCUUCGGUUACUUAUACGUCUUUUGUAAACUUUUCAAAAUGUGUCACGUUCUUAACAAGUCACUUUUAAGCAGCGGUGAGACGUAAAUAGUUGUUUAUUGUAAACGUAGACGGGAACAGUUAGGCUAAUACCAUUUCGCAGAAUCUCUUUUCAAAUACUGGUCAUUUAAGUUAAUUUCCCCCCAAUUAUCUUCGAAGUAGAAUAACACGUUAGUUUUGCUCUAGCGUGUUGCUUUGUUGUUGUUUGUUUGUGCUUUCCCCACUCGUGGAUCUGGCAAGGUUCAGCUACCUUGUGACUCCGUGAAUGCCCCGUUUUCUCUCGGUACAACGGUGAAGGAUGCCAGAAUGCCUUCGCUGAUCAUCUUCCAUCUGCUCGUCAUCUGGCUAGCUGUCCAGAGGUUGGCCCUUUGCGCCGAGCGCGCUUCGACUCGGGAGCGCUUCAAAGUGGUCAUCGCUCCACUGAUCUGCAAAAGGACAUGUCAACGGACGGGUCAGUGUCAAGACACCUGCGAGCAGGGCAACAACACCACCCUGAUUGGAGAGAACGGACAGUCUGCUGACACCCUCACUGGCCGGGGUUUCAGAGUUGUGGUGUGCCCUCUGACAUGUCUGAACGGGGGUAUGUGUGCAUCGCGUACACACUGCCACUGCCCGCAGGGCUUCACGGGCCGCCUGUGCCAGUACCCCGUGCUGAACAUGUCGGCGCGUGGCAACCAGCCGCCCGCCCUGCUGCCUGUGGGCGGAGUCGGGGCCACGGCGGGGGGAGGGGCCGGCAGCGAAGGCCAGAGCAUGAUGGACCUGGGCGGGCGUCAUCAAAUGACGCAGACCCACACCGUCCUCACCCUCCCACUGCUGCAGGGCACCGGGCACCACUCAUCUGAAGUGCACGUUCGUGUCCACCACCCAACAGACACGUCGGUCAUCAUCCAGCCUCUGGAUCAGCCAGAUGGAAAGCCUCCUAAGACUGUGACACGCCUCCCCCCUCCCACACACAAGCCUAGGGGGCGCUGUUUUCAGGAGACAACUCCCAAACAAGCUUGUAGCAGUAACCCUUUGCCCGUGCUGACCAAUCAGGAGGACUGCUGUGGAAGUGUGGGCAACUCAUGGGGCCAGAACAAGUGUUACCAGUGCCCCAAACUACCAUAUCCUGGAUUAAAACUCCAGUCUAUCAUUGAGGACUAUGGUCCCAACUGCCCCCAGGGCUACAAACGACUCAACAGCACUCACUGUCAAGACAUAAACGAGUGCACCAUGCAUGGCGUGUGUCAGAACGGAGAGUGUCUGAACACGCAGGGCUCAUUCCGCUGCACCUGUAAGCCGGGCUACACGCUGGACCGGACGCGCUGCGUGGGUAAGACAGAGUUGGGGAGGUGUUACCGCAUGGUGACCGAGUCAGGAAAGUGUGAGCACGCUCUGAAUGGGGACAUCUCGCUAGAGAUCUGCUGCUGUACCACAGUGGGCAAAGCCUGGGGCAGCUCCUGCCAGAGAUGCCCGCAGGCUGGCACAGCCUCCUUUAAUAAGAUCUGUCCAGCUGGAAAGGGGAUGUCCUAUGUGACCAUUCAGGACCGGUUACUCUUCCCUCCCCAUUACCCUCCAAUGCCAAAGCCUGAUAUUCCAGAAGUCAAGCCUCCAGCAAACCCUGUCCAGACGACCACACCUGUGCACCAUGCCCCUAUUAGCACACCCCGUGUCCCCUCUAUCAUCACGAAACCCACACCCAACCCCAUCAUCAAAGUGGACCCACCACACUCACCCUGGGAGGUACAGACGCAGGUCUCACAUAUGGACAUGUGUGCACAGGGCAGGAAUAUCUGUGGGCAGGGCAAGUGCAUCACUCGCUCCAAUGACUACGAGUGUCUUUGCAACCAUGGCUUCUACUUCGACACGCAAAAGAAAGGUUGUGUGGAUGUGAAUGAAUGUGAGUCUGAGCCAUGUGGUCACAAAAGAGGGACCUGCCAUAACACAUUGGGCUCGUACCAGUGCCGCUGUCUACCAGGCUUCAAGGCUAUGUCCCAGGGGAAGCUCAGAUGUGUAGAUAUAAAUGAAUGUUCUAAGCCUGACAUAUGUGGACCUGAAGGUCAGUGUAUAAACUUGCCAGGCUCCUAUAAGUGUGAUUGCUUGCCGGGGUAUGCUAGCAAGUCCCGUCGCCAACCUGCUUGUGAAGACAUUAAUGAGUGCCUGGACCCCAGUAGUUGCCCGAAUGAGCAGUGUGAGAAUAUACCUGGAUCCUACGAGUGUGUGCCCUGUCAGCCAGGAUACAUGGCUCAGGGAGGAGUCUGCUAUGAUGUGAAUGAGUGCCAGAGAAGAGGUGUGUGUCUAAAUGGUCGCUGCGACAACCUCCCAGGGACGUACCGCUGCCUCUGCAACGAGGGUUUCCUGCCCGAGGCCGACAGCAAGGGCUGCCGCGACAUCAAUGAGUGUGAGGACCGCCGCUUGUGUGCUAACGGCCACUGCCUGAACACAGAGGGCUCCUUCCAGUGCCAGUGUUACCCUGGUUACCAGCCCACCCAGGAGGGCAGCCACUGUGAGGACAUUAACGAAUGCGAGAGGGCAGCUAACUGCCAGAGAGGCCGCUGCAUCAACAUCCUGGGCUCAUACCGUUGUGAGUGUGAGAAGGGCUUCAUUCUUCGUGGACGCAGGUGUGAAGAUAUAAACGAGUGUGAUGUGGACCGGAGUCUGUGCCAGCCCUUUGGCAUGUGUGAGAACAGACAGGGCUCCUAUGUGUGUGUGUGCAAUCAGGGAUACACUCUGUCUGAGGACAAACACAGCUGUGAAGCCAUCGAGAUCAACCUCGACAACAAGAAGGAGUGCUAUCUGAACCUGGAUGACACAGUGUUCUGUGACAGCGUCCUAGCAACCAAUGUCACCAAACAGGAGUGUUGCUGUUCCAUCGGUGUGGGAUGGGGCGACCACUGUGAAAUCUACCCGUGCCCAGUGUCUCAUUCAGCUGAGUUCCAUUCACUGUGUCCCGUGGGUCGAGGCUUUUACCAUGAGGAGGGCAUGACUGAGUACGGACUCUCUGUACACAGAGAUAUUGAUGAGUGUGUGUUGUUUGCUGAUGAGAUCUGUAAGGAAGGCCGUUGCAUGAACACACAGCCAGGCUAUGAGUGUUACUGUCAGCAGGGAUUCUACUACGAUGGCAAUCUCCUCGAGUGCAUAGAUGUGGAUGAGUGUCAUGAUGAGUCCCUCUGCAGAAAUGGACGCUGUGUUAACACACGAGGGUCAUUCUACUGCAACUGCAACCGCCCUUAUGCCCCGGACGCCAGCAACAAGAAGUGUGUGAUCCCAACAGUCACAGGUGUGAAUGAGUGCCAGGAUCCUGCCAACUGUAAGAGCGGCCAGUGUGUGGACACUCAGGACUCUUACUACUGCAUCUGCACUCCACCAUGGAUCCUGGCCACCGACCGCAACAGCUGUGUCACACCAGAGGAGCAGGCCGUAACGGGUCUGUCUGUGGUGCCCCUUGCAGAUGUAGACGAGUGCCAGGACCCCUCGUACUGCAAGAACGGACGGUGUGAGAACACGCCCGGCUCCUUUCACUGUAUAUGCAAUCAGCCGCUCACCUUCAGCGCUGCGCUCAAACAGUGCGUCUUCGACGAUCGGACGGCGGCCCAUAAGGACGUGUGCUUCCAGGAAGUGGACGAGGGGCUGAUCUGCAGCGUGCCCCGCAGUGGACACGUGGUCACCUACUCCGAGUGCUGCUGCCACUACGGCCGCGGCUGGGGGCCUGAGUGCCGCACCUGCCCCCGUAGGAACUCAGUGCUCUUUAAUCGGCUGUGUGAGAUGCACUUGGACACAGAGUCUGAUGGGGAAGGGGACUUCCAGGCUGUUUUUGCAAACUACAACCCAGGUGGAGACAGCUCCGAGGAGGACUCAGAUGAGUGUAGCUGUGCCAACGGCCGCUGUGUGCGCUCCUACCUGGGCACCAUGUGUGAGUGCAACCCAGGCUUCCGGCGGGACCACUCACGCACGCGCUGCAUUGACAUUGAUGAGUGUGCAGAGAGAGGCCGUGUGAACCCAUGUAAGAAUGCACGUUGUGUCAACACCAGAGGGUCCUUCAAGUGCUACUGCAAACAAGGCUUUGUGCCCGCCACACGGAGACCCAACGUGUGUGUGCGACCGAGGGCCUUAUAACAUCACCUCACACACGCACACACACACACACACACACAUACAUACACAUUCACACGCACACACACACACACACACACACACACACACACACACACACACACAUACAUACACAUUCACACGCGCACACACACACACACACACACACACACACACACACACACACACACACACACACACACACACACACACACACACACACACACACACAGAUCGCUACACUCCUGUAUUUGUGUACCUAUCAUGUUGUCAUAGGAAUGUUCUCUUCUGGUCACAUCCAUGCAGGCCAACAGAGAGAGAGAGAAACAAACACACACAAACACAAACAUGUAUUUUCUCACACACACAAACAAACACUUCCUCCCUCUCUCUCAUUGCCACGCACAACAAAAUAUUUUCACUGUCAUGCUCAUUCAAAAACAGACUCUUAUUUACACUAUCAAUUACACACACAUUCACAAAUGGACAAUUACAUCCAAACACUCUCACACACACUCAACACAUGUAUACAAACCAAAACCCUCUCCCUGUGGUUUCACUUUUGCCGUUAGUGUUUUUCGUUCAACUGAUUUAGUGUUCUUUUUUUCCUGUUUGUUUACACUUUUCAGUGCUAUUGCAUUUUGUUGACCUGGCCUCCAAGAGAUUUGCACAAGUUUGAAACCAUUAAUUAAAAUGUAAUGAGGUUUCCUCUUGUUACGCCCAUGUUUGGUGACCUUCUGUUGUAUGUUUUAUUUUAUUUCUAUUGCCUUGUCACUGAAGAGUCAGAUGUAAGAAGCUGUUAGCUAGCACUUGUGGAUAACACCAAAAAGUUCCGCUCCAGUCCUCGGUGUCAGUCGUUGGUUCCUGUUUUCUUUUGCCUUUCUGUAUGGAAUGAAAAAAGGAUCUAAGGAAAUAAAAUGUAAAAAAGAAUAUGUUAGCUGACAUCAAUACAGUCUGUUCAGAAAAGUACAGUCGAGACAAGGUAGACAAGAUUUCUUUAAAAAGCAUACAUGUCAAUGUAUUUUUGUAAUUAUUAUUUUUCUAAGUUUUGUUGACUGUUCAUCUUGCAUAUUGUUUACUAUGAUGUUAAAGGCAGCAUUGGUAUUAGCUUAGAUGACUAUGAACUGUCUGUAACCCACGUGUCAUGUGAUCACUGGUUGCAGAUGAUGUGUUUUAUGUUCCAACAUGUCAUUCAUGACACUCAUAUGUCAGUCUAGCGUAGGUCCCAGUGUGUAAAUAUUUAAUAAAUUAGUAUGACGAGGUUUUACAACAUGCCAUCAAUAUAAAGCUUUUAGAUCUUGAUCCAUUUUGUGUAUAUUGUGGGUCAAGGUUUGUGUCAGGCUCGCAGAGAAAAUACUUGAUAUGAUUGAAACAUUGAAAAUUCUUAUUUUGAUUUGAUUCCUUCAUUGCUAAGAGUUAGCUUUAAGAGUGGCCUAAAGCUUUUUUGACUUUAUCUUCUAUCUAAAUGAUCUAAUGUUGCACUUGUUGGGAUCAGAUCCAUGAGGAUGAUCUAGGAACAAAUCAAAUCAAUUAACGACUCAGAAAGAGGGUGAAGUGUGAACGCAUCAUAAUUUAAUUGAUGUUUACUGUAACUCCAUCAGUGAGUGAAAAUAUGUAUAAAUGUCCCCACACCAUCAUGCAAAUAAUGAAAUAGAGAAAACUGGCAAUAAAUAAAGUGAAUGAAGUUAAACCCUAA